GCUGUUGUGAGUUCUGGCUGUGCCGAGAGAGCUACCGGCUUGGUCUCGGUGUCGGGAUGUUUCUGUCAGAGGCAGGCGCCAGGCCCCGAACUGGUGAAGUCAGCGCCUCAGAACGGAAGAAAUGGGUGGAAGUAUUCAAAGCAUGCGAUGAAGACAACAAAGGCUACCUAAGCCGAGAGGACUUUAAGGUUGCGAUUGUAAUGCUGUUUGGGUACAAACCCUCCAAGAUAGAAGCAGAUGCUGUGAUGUCUUCAGUAAAUCUCAACACUUCUGGUGUAUCACUUGAGGGGUUUUUGAAUGUCGUAAAAAGAAAGAAGGAAGCACAAGUCUAUCGGAAUGAGAUAAGGCACAUCUUCACAGCUUUCGACGUGCACUAUCGUGGAUUUUUAACUCUAGAAGAUUUCAAAAGGGCCUUUAGUCAAGUGGCUCCCAAGCUCCCAGUGAGGACAGUGUUGGAGGUGUUCAGGGAAGCAGAUCAAGACUCAGAUGGUCACGUCAGCUUCCGAGACUUUGAAUACGCCAUGAACUAUGGGCAGGCAAAAUGAGCCGGACGCUUGUGAACUAUUUUGGUGAUUCUGGACAGAUCGAUGAAUUGUAAUCUCGUGGGAGGUCACACAGACCUCAGUCUAGGAAGUGUACUUGUGAGUAAACUCCUAGUUAUAGUUUUUGAAUGCUGAUAUUGGACCUAGAGGUGAGAAUCUCCUUCCGUGUCUCUGCCAGCCCUGAGUCAGGCUGCUAUUGCUGGCCGUGCGACCCAGUGGGUUUUUGGGGUUUUUUUCCCUUUCUACUCUUGUCAGCUCUCCAUCCUCCAUCCUGUGGGUUGGAGGUUCUGCUCACUCCACAUGGGUCCCUCACU